CGCGUGUGUAAUGCCCGGGAGUCGCUCUAGCACGGACCCAGAGCACAAGUCACCGCGGGAAAGUGGUGAAGAUUCAGAAGAUGAGAGUGAAAUCCUGGAAGAGAGCCCCUGCGGGCGGUGGCUCAAACGCCGCGAAGAGGUGUAUGUAGGUUCCAAAUCCACAUUAGCCGAAGGCUCUACAUUUGGAACAGCCAGAGGCAGUGAAAACGAAGUUACUGAAAUGGAGGUGGAACAACGUGAUGUACCAGGAAUCGAUUGUGCCUAUUUGGCAAUGGAUACAGAAGAAGGUGUUGAAGUUGUUUGGAACGAAGUGCAAUUUUCAGAAAGGAAAAACUUCAAAGCACAAGAAGAAAAAAUACAACUUGUAUUUGAAAAUCUUACGCAGUUGGAACAUCCUAAUAUUGUUAAAUUUCAUAGGUAUUGGACAGAUACCCAUAAUGAUAAACCUCGGGUCAUAUUCAUAACUGAGUAUAUGUCUUCUGGGUCUUUGAAACAGUUCCUAAAAAGAACAAAGCGUAAUGUCAAAAAAUUACCCUUGCAAGCAUGGAAACGUUGGUGUACUCAAAUACUUUCUGCUUUAAGUUACUUGCAUUCUUGUUCACCUCCUAUUAUUCAUGGAAAUCUCACUUGUGACACAAUAUUUAUUCAACAUAAUGGACUUGUAAAAAUUGGUUCGGUGGCUCCUGAUGCAAUUCAUCAUCACGUUAAAACAUGUAGAGCAAAUAUGAAAAAUAUGCAUUUUGUAGCCCCUGAAUAUGGAAAUUCUGUAACACCUGCUAUUGAUAUUUAUUCAUUUGGAAUGUGUGCUCUGGAAAUGGCUGCGUUAGAAAUUCAGGGUAAUGGAGAGACUGGUACAAUUGUGACCGAUGAUAACGUUCGAAAAACCAUAGAAUCAUUAGAUGAUGGCCAACAAAAAGAUUUCAUUCGAAAAUGUCUUCAAGUAGAUCCGCUUAGUAGACCAAGCGCAAGGGAGCUUCUUUUUCAUCCAGUUUUAUUUGAAGUACAUUCAUUGAAAUUACUUGCUGCUCAUGCUUUGGUUAAUUCAGCCACUAAUAUUUCGGAGACAAUAACGGAUGAAGUAUUGCAAAGGCUCUACGGUCCUGAUACCGUAGUUGCGGAAAUUAAGUAUCAAAGUCGACCAUCACAGCAGAUUCGAUUAAGUGAUAUUCCUGUUACAGAAAAAUUAGAAAAAUUCGUGGAAGAUGUAAAGUAUGGUAUAUAUCCUCUGACAGCAUUUAUGGCGAAACUACCACCACCUGUUCGACCAAGAGCAAUAUCACCUGAAGUUACUGAAUCAGUGAAAUCAGUUACACCUGAACCGGUGGAUGUAGAAUCUCGAAGAGUAGUUAAUAUGAUGUGUAAUGUUAAACCUAGAGAAGAAAGUUGUGAAUUACUUAUGACAAUAUUAUUACGAAUGGAUGACAAAAUGAAUAGACAAUUGACAUGUCCUGUGAGUCAAUUAGAUACUUCAAUGCUUCUCGCUCAGGAGCUUGUACAUUUUGGAUUUAUUAAUGAGAACGAUCGUGAUAAAAUAGCAAAUUUAAUUGAAGAGGCAUUAAGAAGUUGUUUUAACAAACAAAUGAUGACACCUGGAAUGGUGUCAUUAACUAAUCUUCCUACUCAAACUACUUUAUUGCUGCCUGGUCCAGAAUUUCCAUGCUUACAACACUUUGAUAAUUCUAUGUAUAAUGCGACAACAUCUCAUAAUGAUAGUGUAAUAACUAACCCGCUGCCAAAAAGUUCAUGUCUCCCGAUGUCAAGUAACACGAAUAGAAGUCAUGAUGAAAUGGAACCACCAUCGAAUGCUGAAAGUGGUAGUUAACCAUCCAGGAUAUUUGGUAACUCAGUUCACUGUGCCACUUUGCACGCUCUAUGUAUAGACUGGCUAUGUAUUUUUAUAUUUAAGUAAACAGGAAGAAAGAAUGAAAUUAAAUGAUUAAAAGAAAAAAAAUAAAAAAUGGAAAAAAAGAAAAA